GCCCCCCCCUCCCUCUUCUGGAUCCUUCUAUUUGGCGAAAUUUGUUUGUGUUGAUUUGUGACUACGAUUUUGUGAUACCUAGGGUUGUGCGGUUAUUUUGCUUCUGUUUCUGUUCACGGUCAGAUCAGUUUUAGUUUAUUUUGGAAAGCAGAUCAGUUUAAUUGGGUAGCGCAGAAAAUUUGCGCUUUGUCAAAACAGGAUAAUUUGAAGUGUUGGUCUCUGUCUCUGGUGUCUGGUGGUACUGUUCAUUUGUUCGUACGCCUAAUUUUUGUGAUGGAAAGUGUACCUGAUGCUUGUGAUUGGAAUAUUGGAAGCAAGUGGAGUGCUCAAAGUUAGCUUUCCCAUCUGGCAUGUCCCCCUCGUGUUCUCCUAUGGUGAAAUAUUGCUGAAAUCAACAUGUUCUUUUUAUGUUCUUGGAGGAGGGGUUUCCUGAGGAAGCGGCAGCCAGUUAGCCAUGUCGUCCUCCUUGCUGAGGGCUGCGGCUGACAGGGCCAUCCGGAGGCAGGCCCUCACGCUGACGGAUGCCGCGGCGUCCAGGAUCCGGCAGCUCCUCAGCCUCAGGCAGCGGCCGUACCUGCGGCUUGGCGUCAAAGCCCGAGGCUGCAACGGCCUCUCAUAUACGCUCAACUAUGCCGAUGAGAAGGGGAAGUUUGAUGAGCUUGUCGAGGAGAAAGGGGUUAAAGUGCUUAUCGACCCCAAGGCAUUAAUGCAUGUUAUUGGAACCAAGAUGGACUAUGUUGAUGAUCCACUGAAGUCCGAGUUUGUGUUCAUAAACCCAAAUUCCAAAGGGGAGUGUGGCUGCGGUGAAUCCUUUAUGACUACAAGCAGCAAAGGGUCCACAUCAUGAUGCGUUUUGCGUUGUAAAUGGAUAAGCAAAGUAUCGGAGGCCUCAGCUACUGAUUUUGUUGGGUCUGUUGUGUUGCAACCCUGCAGGACAUGCCACAAGAGUGGUUACCUAGUGGAUGCACCUAACUUACAUGUACUUCUUUGUUCACCCUAGCAUUUUAUAUACAUGGAGUGAUUUAUCCAUGUUCUGUAUACUUUGAUGGCUCACGAUAUAAGACCUCAAAAGUUUUAUAAAAUUUUUAGCGCCAUGCUUGUUCAAUGGAACUCUUUGAAGUUCAUGGUGCAGUCCA